AAAAUCGUCAUGUUGUUUUUAUGGUGCCGUCGAGGAAUAUUGUGGUUUACCGGAUGUCAAAAUUACAGACAUACCAGAAGAAUGCACGUGCAUAAUUUUCGACGGAGUUCCCAUAAAUUUAAAUAAUCAAAUUGGCGAUCCCUAUAUAUACAACGAUUAUAAAUAUUUAGACAUUAUAUUGAAAAAUCGUAAGUGUGUAAUGGUAUACUAUUUCUACAAGACUCAAGCAGAAUGGACUACAAUGCUUGAAUAUGAAUCGUCUAAUGGAGGAUCCAACUUUUCAAAUGAAAUGAAAGGUUUAAAGACUUUUUUGGACCAACAUCCAAAAAUCUCUGGUUUAAUACUUUCAGAAUUACAGUAUGAUUAUACAUCCAUAGAAUAUCCGAAAUUUACUGAAAAUUUUAAAAAAUAUCUUGAGGCGAUGAGAGGAUGUUUUCCAGAUUUGGUAAUUGCCCUUAGUUUAUAUGGAUCAUCUCUAAUAGACCAGUAUAUCUUUCCAGCGUUAAAAUGGUUGAAUAUCAAAAAAAUAGAUUCUUAUUUGGAUUUCUACACUGUUGAUCUAGUAGCCUUUAAUCGAUGUACUGACGAAUUCAAAAAUAUCGGAACAGCUCCAAUGAGUGCAUCAGAUACAAAUUAUACAUUGGAUAAUAUCAAAGAAGCCUUAAAACUGGGAGGUUUUCCGAAAGAAAAAACAUAUUUUAAAUUUAGAAUAAGCCCAUCAUCAGCUGACGAAUCACUAAAUGCCUGGAUCUUGAAUGUUGAACAGAUGUGUUUAUAUCCAAACCAAACGAGUAAUUGGUGUGCAGAUACUCAAUCAUCGUUUAAUGAAAAAGGUCAAUUUGCGUGUACAAAUGGAGUAGGAUUUAUGGUUCAUUAUAUAGAUUUUAAUGAUCCUCAUAACUGCUGUAGAUGUGAAAAACCAUACCCUUCAUUCAAUGCUAUUCUAGAUGGUUGGAAGGGUGUUGAUACAAAACCUUGCAAUUCAUUAACUAGACUUUGAAAAAUAAAAUCGCCAAAAUGUGAAAAAAGAGUCCAUAUGCACAUUAUAAUUUUCAAAGUCAUAUUAUAAGUAUAGAUAAACGAUUACAAUUAUAUGUCAAAAUGUUAUUUAUUAGAGUUUAAUAAAUGCACGGUUAGCGUUUAGCAGUGAAUAUUGACUAUUUUAUCAAAAUCAAUUUAAUAUCUUCGUUAAAAUAUUUAAAACAUUUGGGUGAACUCCACCUGAAAU